AUGUCUGACAAUAUACCAAUGAGGCAAAUGUGUGAGGAGGUAAAGUCAAAAUUUUUUGGUGUUUUAGAUGAAUGUAUUAACAUAAACAAUGAACUAGUAGCAGAAUUGAAUCAUUUUGAGAACAGAAGGCGAUAUGGAAUAUCUGAACAGAGGGACUUGACGAUAGCAAGUGACGCCUGGAGGCAGUUAGUAGACAAUAUCAAGGAACAGAAAAAAGUGUUGGAAGAAAUAACUACAACCUACCGAAAAUUGUUCAGUUAUAAUGGAUGUGGAUGUAAAAUGCGGUUAGAAGAGAUUGAAUGCAAAGGAACAGGUGAUUUGCCAAGACAUGAAAGCGGUUAUGCAAGUGGGUGCAGCAACUCUCAAGAAGAAGAUACUGAAGCACUUGGGAUUCUUUCAAUAAGCGACGGCGAUGGUGAUCUUUUGACGAAUAUGGGACAAUCAGCCAGUCGAAGGCGUCCAUCUGCUGUAGAACAUGAAGAGAUUGCUGAACAAACCAAUGUAAAGAAAUUAUCAUCAUAA